GUGUUACCUCAAGACUCCUGUAUCGCGUCCCUCGCGGUAACUUGAAGGACACACGUGUUUCUAGAUGCGUGUGUGUCUUGCGAUCGAUCGAUCGACCGCUCACCACCACCACCGUCCUUGAUGCGACGCGCACCCUCCUUGUCGGCCCGUCUGGUUGCUGCCGGUCCAAUGAGCCUCCAUCUCCUCUCAGAUUCUCCCUAUCAGAUCCCAUCCUUCAGAUUCUCCCUCCCGAGCCGUCUGAUACUCUCCGCGGCGCCCUCACAGUCGCGCGCAGUCUGCGCGGUAGCGUGCUAGCGUGAGGCCGUCCGCCUUAUUACUGUCCCCGGCCUAGCACACGUCGGCAGAAGGAUCGCCAGACUGGCCGGCGGAACGAGUAGUAAGUACUAGUUACUUACUGCUAUUAGUAGUAGCCGGCAGCACCCAUCAGUCCCGGAACGGAGCAAUGGCGUCGACGGGCAUGCGUCCAGCGCAUACCGUUGCCGUGAUGCGCCAUGAUCCCACUACCAUCGUCGUCGCCGCCUCUCGCCGUGCGGCGCCGACGGCGGGCAGCCUUGUCCGUGUUUCGCCUGCGGCCACCACCGCUUGUCGCGCGAAUAGCGCCGGACCUCAACGUGCGCCGCUCGUAGGCGGCUCGCUGCGCAGCAGGCGCGAAUCUCUCGAUAAGUGUUGCGCGCGACGAGGCGGCGGCUCCUGGCGGACGUUCGUCGGCUUGAGAUUUUGGCAGCGCGGGGAAGGGGAGGGGGAGGUAGUGCUCGUCACAGAGUUCCGCCGCAGCCGGUUGAACAAGCAGACACGCGGAAGAUUCCGCCACUGGGGGUCAAGCGCAACCGGGGAUGCGCGGGAUUCCCCUGGCCGGGGGAGUUUCCGCGCAAGGGGGGGAAUGCAGGAGGAUGUGUGGCAAGGGGGGGGGUGGGGGGAAGAGAGCAGCCGCAGCGGCAGCAGCGGAGGCGGGGGUUUUGGCGGUCUCCGCGACCCCCUGCAGGCGCUAAGCCGCGCGCGCCCAUCCUCCGCGGAGGCGGACUCUCUCCCCGCAGAUGUUCGCAACAGGGCGCUCUCCGCGGUAGAGGCGCUUGUGGCGGAACCUGGGCGGGCGGCGGGGGGGAGUCAAGCCGGCGGAAGCGGAAGGGGGAGGUACGGGCGGGUGACAGUGGGUGACGUGGCGGCGCGCAGCGGAUUGAAAGUAGGCGACGCGGAGAAUGCUUUAAAGGCGUUUGCUGCGGACGGGGAAGGAUUUCUAGAGGUGUCGGACGAGGGCGACGUGCUGUACGUGCUGCCGCGCAACCUGCGUGCGCUCAUCUCGCAGCGCUCCCUGCGCAUGCGACUCGCGCCCAUGGCAGCACAGGCCAAGGCGGCAGCAGGGUAUGCGAUGCGAGUGUCGUUCGGCACGGCCCUGGUGGCCUCGGUGGUCGUAGUGUACACCUCCAUCUUCCUCCUUAUGACCUCCGCUCAGGGGGACAGCGAUGAGAGGAGGGGGAGGGGGAGAGGGCACUACCAUCACUACCGGGGGCCCACUUUCUUCUUUAACGUUGCGGACCUGCUAUGGUACUGGGACCCGGGGUAUCACCGACGAGUGCGCAGUGAGCUGCAGCUGAGGGAGAUGACCUUCCUUGAGUCGGUGUUUUCAUUUGUGUUUGGGGACGGAGACCCCAAUGACGGCAGGGAGCAGCACAGGUGGAAAGUGAUAGGCGAGGCCAUCAGCAGCAGGGGCGGGGUGGUGGCAGCACAGGAGAUAGCGCCGUACCUUGACCUGCCAGAGGACACGUCGCACGAGUCGUACAUGCUGCCAGUGCUGCAGCAAUUCCAAGGCACACCCCUCGUGGACGACCAGGGUCACAUAUUCUACUCUUUCCCUCUUCUUCAACGCUCAGCAUCGCAGCAUGCCUCCUCCUCCUCCUCCCCUUCAUACUCACGCGCGCUGCCACCGCUCUUCAUUGAAAACACCUGGUCCUUCAGUGACGCUCCCCCCACGAAGCGGGCCCUGGCAGUGGGGCUGGGUAUCAUCAACGUGGUCGGCGUGCUCGUCCUCUCCUCCAUGCUCAGGAAUCCUGCCAUUAUUCGGAAAGCAGGGCCCCCAUUAGUCUCCAUGAUACAAGGCUUCAUGCCUGCACUCCAGGCCUAUUCCGUGGCAUUCUUUGUCAUCCCCUUGUGCCGCUGGGCCGUCCUCAGUUCCACCAACUCAGCCAUUGAGGCUCGCAAUCAGAGGAGGAGAGAGAGUGCCCACAUUCUGUCACAGCCCUCGCCCCACCUUCGGAAGAAGCUGGCUAGUGCGCGAACAAGGGCUGAACGGACUGUACUAGGGGAGGAGCGAGUGAUAUAUUCUACACAAAAAGAGGUGGCGGAGCAGGAUUUGGAGGCGAGGGAGUGGGAGUCGCGGUUUGACAAGAGGCAUCAGUUAUAAUUUUCCGUUGCGAGGAAAUGUGGCAUUACAAAAUGCAGCGUGAAGUCGAUCCAUACACGCAUUGUAGUUAAUUUUGGCCUUUUUUUGUUUCGACCUUUUCAAUACAUGUUGAUGCAUUAACCAUUAGAUGAGCCGUUGGAUAGAUAUCGUUCAAUUGUACAUGU